CACAAAAUAUUGAAAAUGAAAAAGAAAAAAACAUUAUGAUGGAAAUAGGAAAGCAAAAAAAAAAUUGAAAGAUAUAGAAGUAGAAGGAGCUAUACGGUUGUUAACCUUGGGAUUGGGCGUGGACUGGCAGAGAAGUCAAUGGGCAGCCGCAAGCCAUUCUGGAAGUUCUCCAUCCACGGCCACCGCUCAGGUCCUUCUCGCACCCACAAGUCGCCGACGGCCUUCCCAACGAUGGCGGAGGCGAUGCCUGUGGAGUUUCUCUGCCCCGUCUCUCGCACCCUUAUGGCUGACCCCGUCAUCGUGCCCCCCUCCGGACACACCUUCGAGCGCGCCUGCAUCCAGGCCUGCGCCGACCUCGCCUUGUCCCCGCCGGGGCUAUCCCUCGACCUCGACCCCGCCGCCCUCUGUCUCAUCCCCAACGUUGCCCUCCGCUCCACCAUCCUUGGCUGGUGCCACCGCUCCGGCGUGCCGCCCCCGCAACCCGUCCCCCCUGAAGCCGCCUACGCCCUCGUCCGCCGCCUCAUGUCCCCUUCCUCCUCCUCAGGUAACCCGCCGCGCUCUCCUUAUGUUUCCGGAGGGAGAGAUCUGAGAGGGGAAUUCGUCGGGCGAUUGGCGUCGCUAUCGGUGGAAGAAGCAGCUGAGGAGGAAAAAGAUGAUGCCUUUAUGUCGCCGCCGGAGGUAACGGGAGCUGCCCCGAAUUCCCGCGGCAGCAGAUACGAUGAAGAAGGGGAGGAUUUUCGAGGUUCAUCGGCGUACUACGACGCAAAAGUCGAGAGUUUCGGCAGCAGAUCAAAUAGAUCGAACCAGAACCAGAACCAGAACCAGAAUUUUUGGGAGUCGGCGAACCCUAACGCAACUUCCAGGCAAGCUCCCGCUUCCCCCGUUCGGCAUGAUUCUUCCUCAGCCACUGAGGUCGUCGUCAAGGAAUCGCCCAAAGAAACGCAACCACAGGCGCCGGCUCCUGAUCUGCCUGCGUCUUCGGCCUCCGGUGCCAGCAUCUCGGAAGAGGAUUUGCUGAACAAAUUUGGGGGUACGGAGGUGUCGGAGCAGGAAGUCGGAUUGGUGUUGCUCCGACAAGCUACCAGGGAGAGCGGAGAACAACGGAUCGCACUAUGCAAACCUCGAAUCCUCGCCGCAUUGCGUUCCAUGCUUCUCUCCAGCAGCGCCGCCGUUCAGAACAACGUCACCGCCGCACUUGUCAAUCUUUCGCUGGAGCGUGAGAACAGGGCCCUUAUCUUGAGGUCGGGCGUGGUGCCGCCGCUCGUGGAGGUACUCAAGAGAGGCAACCCGGAGGCUCGCGGCCAUGCGGCCAGUUUGAUAUUUAGUCUCUCCCUCGCGGACGACAACCGGGCGGCGAUCGCCGUGCUUGGAGUCAUCUCGCCGUUGCUCGACCUCUUCUGCGUCCCCGCUGCCGAUGCGACCCACGCCCGUCGCGACGCCGGGAUGGCGCUUUACUAUCUGUCCCUCAACGUCGCCAACCAGACCAAGAUCGCGCGAGCUCCGGGGGCGGUGCGCUCGCUGCUCGCUGUUUCCAUGGAGAAGGAUGCAGAAGCUUCGGCGCAAGGGCCGGGACUUGCGAGGCUGGCGCUGAUGGUGGUGUGCAAUCUGGCAGGGUGCAACGAGGGGCGGGCAGCGCUGAUGGAUGGCGGGGCAGUCGCGGCGGUGGUGUCCCUUAUGAGAUCGCCCGCCACGGCCGCAGAGGAGGAGUACUGCGUGGCGGCGCUCUAUGGGAUGAGCCGCGGGAGUCUCCGGUUCCGCGGCCUAGCCAGGGCGGUGGGGGCGGAGCGGGUGCUGAUGCAGAUAGCGGAGAGCGGCGAGGGUGACGUGAGGCGGGAGAUGGCGAAGAAGGUGCUGAGGGCGAUGCGGGGCGAGGAAGACAACGAGUACACCACAUCUUCGUCGGCGCCGACGUUCCCGAUGGGCGGAGACAGUAGCGUGGUGUCGGAAGGCAUGAUGUCGAUUCGCCGACGUCCCAACCACUACAACAACGCACCGCGCUUGAACUCGGCCGAAUUCUAACCGAGUUAAGACGAAUCGUUCUUCUGCACCUUUUUUUUUUUCAAAAAAAAAAAAACAUUUUAGCUCUUAAUUUGCCUUUUUUGUUUUUACAAUUAAGAUAGGCUCAUUGGUGUCUUUCGUUUGUAUAAUGUAUACUAUGGUUGCUGCUAUUUCUUUUUAUUAUUAUUUUUUUGAGUCGUUUGGAAAUUUGAGUCUAAUUGUUUAAACGUGUGAAAAAUUCCCUAAUAAAGAGUGAAUAAGAAAAUGUAGACAAUUUCUUCCUUGGUUACUUGUCUAAUAUGCAGUAUGUACUUAAAUUUCCUAUACAAGGUAAUACCUAUGGACAUUUUUGCAGAUCCGACUCUAACGACCAUAGAGGGGGUGCAGUAAAGACCUAACAACAUUCGAGGAGAUCACAUCAACAUGUCAAACGGCAAUAAAGAGGCACCUGCCAAAUGGAAUUCGUAGAUCUGUGUUAACAAAGAAGAUGCGAAA